AUGAUAUUUGAAUAUACAUUAUCUUUAAAUGAUAAAAUAAGAAGAGCUGUGACUUAAUAACAUCUAACAAAUUAAUUACAAAAAAUUAAAUUGAGAAAGCCAAAAUAGGAAAGUCCUUUUACGAUGCAAUCACAAUUUCGGAGAUUAGAAAAUAAAAAAUGGACAGAAAUUUUUCAAGAGAAUCAAAAGAUUCAUCAAAACUUAACAAAUGUCAAAUCUGUAUUAAAUAUAACUAGUGACCUAUCUGACUUUCAAAAAAUAGCAAAAUUAAAUACUUAAAAUAAAACAAAUAAUAUAUUACCAAAAUUACAACCUAGAUGUAAUUCAUUGCAGAGAGUAUGA